GAAAUGGUAAUAAUCAACCGAUCGAACACCUAUGCCGUUGAGCAGGAAGCAUUUCCAAGAGACAAGUACAAUAUUGUCUACUGGCUCGUCAUUCUUGUUGGAUUCGGAGUUCUUCUGCCAUGGAAUAUGUUCAUUACUAUCGCCCCUGAGUAUUAUGUGAAUUAUUGGUUCAAACCGGAUGGCGUGGAGACAUGGUAUUCGAAAGAAUUCAUGGGAUCUUUGACGAUUGCCUCACAACUUCCAAACGCAAGCAUUAAUGUUUUCAACCUGUUCCUCAUUAUUGCUGGUCCCCUGAUCUACCGCGUCUUUGCUCCGGUUUGCUUCAACAUCGUCAACCUGACAAUCAUUCUCAUCCUCGUCAUUGUUCUGGAGCCCACUGAAGAUUCCAUGUCCUGGUUUUUCUGGGUAACUCUUGGAAUGGCGACUUCAAUCAAUUUUAGCAAUGGGCUAUAUGAAAACUCGGUUUAUGGAGUUUUUGCCGAUUUUCCGCACACCUACAUUGGCGCUCUCUUGAUUGGAAACAACAUUUGCGGAUUGCUGAUAACGGUUGUGAAAAUCGGAGUGACCUAUUUUCUGAAUGAUGAGCCUAAACUUGUUGCAAUCGUCUAUUUCGGCAUAUCGUUGGUGAUCCUUCUGGUGUGUGCAAUUGCACUUUUCUUUAUCACAAAGCAAGAUUUCUACCACUAUCACCAUCAAAAAGGAAUGGAAAUUCGCGAAAAGGCGGAAACCGACAGACCGUCUCCAUCCAUUCUUUGGACCACAUUCACAAACUGUUAUGGGCAACUCUUCAAUGUUUGGUUCUGCUUUGCCGUUACUCUCACAAUCUUCCCUGUUAUGAUGACCGUUACCACUCGUGGAGAUUCCGGCUUCCUAAACAAAAUUAUGUCUGAAAACGAUGAAAUCUACACUUUGCUCACAAGUUUCCUCGUCUUCAAUUUGUUCGCUGCGAUUGGAUCCAUAGUUGCUUCCAAGAUUCACUGGCCGACACCCCGUUACCUCAAAUUUGCCAUAAUCUUGCGUGCUCUUUUCAUUCCAUUCUUCUUCUUCUGCAACUAUCGUGUCCAGACGCGUGCUUAUCCUGUUUUCUUUGAGUCUACUGACAUUUUUGUGAUUGGUGGAAUUGCCAUGUCUUUUUCACAUGGAUACCUCAGCGCUCUGGCAAUGGGAUACACUCCAAACGUCGUGCCAUCUCACUACUCAAGAUUUGCCGCUCAGCUUUCCGUUUGCACUCUUAUGGUUGGCCUUCUCACCGGUGGCCUGUGGGCCGUUGUUAUUGAGCACUUCGUGGACAAGCCAAGUAUCUUAUAAAUAUUUAUAGCAUUAGAGUAUACUUGUUAUAUGUUGUUUUUAUUAAGCUGUGGAAUAAAAUAAUUAUU